UCAAGUGUUGUUUAAAUGAAGUGGCCCACCAAAGGCUGGCUUGUGCAGGAAGAGGAAAAAGGUGUGGUCAUAGCUGUUGAUUAUAUGGAGGAAUGGCAUGAACAUGAGACAGAAACUGGGAGUGCAGUGACAGACAGGAUCAGAGUGCUGGAGGAAGUAAUUUCAAGAAAGAAAAGCAGAAGAACCUCUUCCAAAUUUGCUUUCCCAGGCAGUGUAACCAGUUUCAGUAUGAAUACUAAUCAGACAAAUUAUCCCAUCUAUGACAACAUGGGGUUUCAGCAGGAGGAAGGAAGACCUCCUCCAUUUGCCCCACAGCAGGGUAUAUACCCUAACCUCCCACAAGAGACCCCUAGCUACGUUGCUGCCGUCCCCCAAACCAUCAACACUCACCACACUGCAACACCUGGGAUGCCACAUAACACAGGACAAAGGAAAGGUAUAAAGACAUGUCACUGGAAAUAUAUACUGUGUGCAUCUCUGUGUGUGCUUCUUGUCCUGGCAGUGGCUGGCCUCUUGCUCUGGUACUUCUUAUACUACCAGUGUUUACUGGGGACAUUGUGCAGGAGUGGGAAGUGUCUAAGCCCCUCCCAGUGGUGUGAUGGUGUUAGGGACUGUUCUCAUGGAGAGGAUGAAUCCCAGUGCUUCCGCCUCCACGGGACCAACUUCAUGCUGGAAAGUUACUCAUCUGAGAGCCAGAUGUGGACUCCGGUGUGUGCAGAGAACUGGGACAACAACUAUGCAAUAGCUGUGUGUGAGCACAUGGGGUACAAGAGGCAGGAUUAUGUGUCCUAUACCCAAACCAGUGCAGGUUCUCAAGCCUGGAAGGGAUACAUGAAGCUGAAGACUGGAAGUGACCAUGUAUCAUAUAUACAUUCACAGCUCACUUACAGCCGAACUUGCUCAGCCAGAGUUGUCAAACUUCACUGUAUUGAAUGUGGAGAGAGUUCAGCAGCCCCCAACACUCGUAUCGUGGGUGGUACGGAGGCAGUAAAUGGAGCCUGGCCAUGGCAGGUCAGUCUCCAGAUUUAUAAUCAACAUAUUUGUGGAGGCUCCAUCAUCAGCCCUUACUGGAUCCUAUCUGCUGCACACUGCUUCCAAACGUACUCUGAUCCUGGAAUGUGGAUGGUAUACUCUGGUGACGUGAGCUUGGAAAGACUGAGCUUUGGCGCUGGCAAAGCAGUUCGCAAAAUCAUUAGUCAUGGAAAAUUUGACACAAGAACUAAUGACAACGACAUUGCUCUCCUAAAGCUUGAUACACCUCUAACAUUUACAAGAACAGUGAAGCCAGUGUGUCUCCCAAACAUUGCCAUGGACCUCCCUGCUGGACAGCAAGCCUGGAUUACAGGAUGGGGAGUCUUGCGCUCAUCUGGGCCAUCUCCUGACAGACUAAAUCAGGCCCAGGUGACCAUUUACAGCAGAGAGAUCUGCAACAAACCUGAUGUGUUAGACGAACAAAUCACUGAGACCAUGAUCUGUGCUGGCAACCUGCAGGGAGGAGUCGACACGUGUCAGGGUGACAGUGGAGGGCCCCUGGUGGUCAAAGAAGGAAAUGUUUGGUGGCUGGCAGGGGACACAAGCUGGGGGAUUGGAUGUGCUUGGAGGAACAAGCCAGGAGUCUAUGGCAAUGUCACCUACUUCCUCAACUGGGUAUAUGAACAAAUGCAGAAUGAGUGACAGAGUUCCCGGUGAACCUGAAGACAAUCCUUUUUCAUUAAUCAGCGGUAGUGACUUUAUCACACACUUUGCACUUUAAAUCUGAAGCUCUGAGGGAACUUACUGAUCAGGAUUUUCUUAAAAAACGAAAUGAAAAAAGAUUGUACAAAUAAAACGGAUGUAUCAUUUCAUUUAUUUUUGUAUACUAGUUAUAAGUAGAGAUAGAAUGUUUGUAUUUGAGCAAAAUCAAGCUAUUUAUUUGUUGUAAUAAAAACAAAAUUUGC